AACAAGAACAAAAAAAGAACGACAGCCUUAAUAGUUCAUACGGCUUUUCCCAAAAACUCUCCAAAACUUGAACGCCUCGUUGAAACACUGGAUUGUUAUUUUGAUCAAUUCCACGGCGGGAUGUUUGAAGCCAUCCGUUAUCUAUGUUCAUCAAACAAAUUAAUAUUAGAUAGAUUUUUGUCAGAUUAGUGUGUAUUAUUUAUAAGCGUCAAUCGUUGAUCCAUCCGUCAGAUCCGAGAAUUUUCAUUUUUCGGACGCGGCCAUGGACGGACUUGUGAACAGGCUACGAAGCUUGGAUGCCUACCCUAAAAUCAACGAAGAUUUCUACAGCCGUACUCUAUCCGGUGGCGUUAUCACCAUCGCCUCCUCCAUGGUUAUGCUCUUGCUCUUCUUCUCCGAGCUAAGAUUAUAUCUUCAUGCUGUUAUGGAAACGAAGCUCGUGGUUGAUACUUCAAGAGGGGAAACUCUACACAUCAAUUUUGAUAUCACUUUUCCUGUCCUUCCAUGUUCUAUCCUUAGUCUUGACGCCAUGGACAUAAGUGGAGAGCAACACCUUGAUGUGAAACAUGACAUAAUCAAGAAAAGGUUAGAUGUUCAUGGCAACGUAAUAGAAUCAAGGCAAGAUGGAAUUGGCGCUCCCAAGAUUGAAAAGCCUUUACAGAGACAUGGCGGCCGGCUUGAGCACAAUGAAACAUACUGUGGUUCUUGCUAUGGUGCAGAAGCGGCAGAUGAUGAUUGUUGUAAUUCCUGUGAAGACGUUCGUGAAGCAUAUAGGAAAAAAGGUUGGGCAAUGUCAAAUCCAGAUUUGGUUGAUCAGUGCAAAAGAGAAGGUUUUCUACAAAGGAUCAAGGAUGAGGAAGGAGAAGGAUGUAACAUUUACGGAUUCCUGGAAGUUAAUAAGGUAGCUGGAAAUUUUCAUUUUGCACCUGGGAAAAGUUUCCAUCAAGCAGGUGUUCAUGUACAUGAUCUGCUGGCAUUUCAGAAGGAUAGUUUUAAUAUAAGUCACAAGAUCAAGAGAUUAGCUUUCGGAGAAUAUUUCCCUGGUGUUGUGAAUCCUCUCGAUGGGGUGCAUUGGACACAUGAAACACCAAAUGGGAUGUAUCAAUAUUUUAUCAAGGUCGUACCUACUGUGUACACAGACGUCAAUGGGCACACCAUCCAGUCAAAUCAGUUUUCAGUAACUGAACAUUUUAGGAGCGCAGAAGUGGGUCGCCUUCAGUUUCUACCAGGUGUUUUCUUCUUUUAUGACCUUUCUCCAAUCAAGGUGACUUUUGCAGAGGAGCAUGUGUCAUUCCUGCACUUCCUGACUAAUUUGUGUGCUAUUGUUGGAGGUGUUUUUACUGUUUCGGGGAUACUAGAUUCAUUCAUAUACCAUGGUCAAAGGGCAAUCAAGAAGAAGAUGGAACUUGGUAAAUUCAGUUGACCUCUCUGUCCGGUUGGCUUGGUCGAACUUACUUUUCAGGUUGUUGCCAGUUCCGGAAGAGACUCGCAUGGGGAAGGGAAUCGUCAGAUGGGCUCGUCCAAUUAGGGUGGGUUAGUUUCGUUGGUCAAAAUCCAAGGCUUUGUCAGGAUCAUUUUAUUUAUCUGAUCAUGUUCAAUUGUAUUCAAUGAUAACCCUUUUUGGCUUGUUUUCACUGGGGUUUAUGUCACUUGACGGAGACAGACAAAUUGGACUUGGGGACAAUUUAUGACCAAAAAUGAUUAAAUACUACUAACUCGUAAGAAUUGAUCAUGUAUUUAUCGACACAUUGAAACAAUGUGUUCAACUUC